AUGGGGAAACCUCCGGCUGUGAUCAUUAUUGCGAGGCACGGUGCUCGGUUGGAUGCGGUGGACAAACAGUGGCAUUUAACAUCGCCCACACCUUACGACCCUCCUCUUACAUAUGGUGGUUGGAAUCAAGCCCGUGCACUCGGUAUUCGGAUACGGGACCUUCUUCGAACUAGAGAAAAGUUGGUGCGGCUGGGCACGAAUGGCGGCGAGGAGAGCCAAUUGAGUAGAAAGCAAAGAAUAAUUAUCCACACUUCACCCUUCCUCCGCUGUGUACAAACCGCUAUCGGAGUGAGCGCGGGUAUGAGGCUUAGCAAGCAUUCUCCUCUUGACUGUAGUCAAUCUUCACAAAACAAACAUCGUCGAUUGCAUUCAGGCUCCCCCGCCGCUCGAGGCAGCGAUUCCAACCAGCUUUCGGCUAUCCCAGAACCGAGCAUUGGCCUUGCUCUCUCCAAGCUAACCCCCGAGUCGCCUAGCACACCUGUCCCGAAAUACAAACUUCGACUUGACGCAUUUCUUGGGGAAUGGCUCACGCCAGACUACUUCGAGCAUAUUUCACCUCCCCCGGGUUCUAUGAUGAUGAUUGCCUGUGCGAAAGCGGAACUUUUGCGUCGCGGUGAACCAAUCGAAGCUGGUCUUGAGGCUGACGGGAAAUCAAUGUUCGGCAACUUCCCGGGAGGCUGGAUUAACCCGUUUGCCAGCGGCGCGGCAAAACAUCAAGAAGCCGAAUCCGGUGAUGGAAGUGAAAAGAAUAGUGGAGCUUUCAAGCAUGGGGCGCCCAAGACUUAUGAGCUUGCGCACAGGAAUCGCUCUGGCAGCUUCGAUACGGGCGCAAAUGGUGGUAUGAAGCCAUCAGGAGCUGGAAUUUCGAAAAUCGCAGCAGAUAUCCCAGCAGGCUAUCCGGGAUACGUACCUCCCAUCCCAACUUAUGCUAUUUCGCCAUCGGAUCCGAUUCCUACGGGCUACGUAUCCCAUGCUCGUGACGCCUGCAUUGACAUUGAUUCCCAAUGGGAUAGCAUGCGCGAUCCUCAAAAUUGGGGCAGUGGGGGGGAAUAUGGUGAAGAAUGGAGCGCGAUGCAUCAGCGAUUCCGCAAUGGACUCAAACAUAUGAUAGACUGGUACAGAUCUGAAGGUCCGGGAACAGCUGAUCCCUCUAAUGCGAUUUCAAAGGAAGGGGAUGCCAUGGAGACAGUUUUAAUUUUAAUAUCUCACGGAGCUGGUUGCAAUGCGCUGAUUGGUGCAUUAACGGGUCAACCAGUUCUGCUUGAUGUCGCCAUGACUUCGUUGACUAUGGCAGUCAGGAAGCCUGAAACUGCAGAGCAUUCUGGGCAGGGAACCGCAAUUGUAGCGACUUCCAAACAAGACUCUCCGCCCAAGGAGUUAGCAGACGAGUAUGAGAUGAAAUUCGUUUCGUCGACGGAGCAUCUCCGAACGACCGCCAAUUCUUCCCAUGCGCCCCAGGCGUCCUCGCCGUGGGGCUUCCCAACCUCCAGCUCCGCGUACCACCGCAGGUUCGUGUCUACUUCGGGCUCCACCAAACCUCAGGAAAAUUUCACUAUCGGGGAUUCUUUGACUCGAAAACAAGGCAAUUCAGAGGCAACAUCCCCGCCGUACUUUUGCAGCAGUUCUGCAAGCAAAUCGCCAUCCUCCGGUCUUUGGGGCGCUGGGUCAAGUAUUUCAGCCGAUCGAACUGAAUCAGUAGACGAUCUGGUUCCCAAUUUCGAGGAUCCAAAACCAAUAUCUGCUUCGAGGGAAACGGCAAGUCCGCGGCCACAGGUCUCAUCGAGAUUGUUAUCCCAGCAUGGUCUAUGGGGUAGCGUCUCGACCCCUGAACGUGAGCUACCGAUAAAACGCCGAUGGACGAUGAGCGAGCGGAAUAUAUGA